GGGGCAUCCAACCCAGCAGCGAGAGCAGCGGCGGCGUCCCGCAGGUCCCCCUCACAGCCACUGCUGGGUCCGACUUCGACUGGCGAAAGCGGCGAUGGGGGAAUUGUUUUGAUAAAAGUUGACGGAUUUUCUUUUCUUCUUUUUUUUAAAAAGCCACGCAACGUUACAAUCCGGGAUGUUUUUUAUGCGUUUUGAGUGUCCGACCGUCGGCUUUCCUGUCUCGUCCACGAAGGAGAACCACACAUGGGAAUGACCGAUCUUAAGCUGAAGAGGAGCAACUUUUCCAACUGCCUUACUACUCGUUUUGGCUGACCUAUGCUAAGCUAACCCGCUAGCCAAGGCUGUUGAAAUUCCCACGUUAAUAGUACACAAACUAGAAGGUUAACGUUACGUCUCGGUAUUCGGUGACUAGAUGAGCUCCACUGGCGUCGUCCCGACAAAAACCUGCCCCUCGGAAGCUUAACUUUAUCCGGUCGGGGUGGACAGUGCAGGUGCAUCUCUUGCGGCACCUGCGAAAACUUGGUAACUUAAGUUAGCUCCAUCGCUGGAGAGCUAACUUUUAGCUAGUUUUCAUUAGCAUUACCCGGACUACGUCGUGGACCCGUUUGUCUUUCACGGCAAGAGGCUAUUUGACAUAAAUGUGAGUCAUUGGGCCACACGUAACCGGUAAAGUGGUGACAUUAGCUAUGAGGUAUUUUGGCUAACGGUAGUCCGCAACCACGCCAGCAAAGUGACCCUCAUCCACUGCUCCCCCCGGAGUGGCGACGUGGAUAAGGUUUCGGGGUCGGGGGACGGUCUCUCGCUGUCCCACAGCACUUUGGACGGAAUGCACCCCUGCUCCCAUCCGCGGGUCUUGUUUGGUGUGACAACAUGAGGAUUCAAAACAAAAACAAUUUGCAUUUGACCGAUUUACACUGUUUCGUUUUUUUCUUAUUCUUCUAAAAGCCCCCCCCUAGCCCCCCCACACCCGUCCCCACCCCCCCUGCAGCCUAUGGUGCCACUACGGCCACCGAGAAAUGGAUGUCUCGCAGGCCGCUUUCCCGAACGGUGAAGUGCGGCCGUGCGGCGGAGGGACGGGGGGCCACGCCUGGACGGACCCCCCCGCGGUCCGGGCGUGCGCUCACUCCGCGCCGCUGUGCGCGACUCGGUCGCUGUGGACGGCCGCGUACGACUACGAGGCGAGCGGCGAGGAUGAGCUCAGCCUGCGGCGAGGGGACGUGGUGGAGGUGCUGUCCAAAGACGCGACGAUCUCCGGGGACGAGGGGUGGUGGACGGGUAAAAUCCACCACCGGGUGGGGAUUUUCCCCUCCAACUAUGUCACCUACCAGCCCGCUAUUUACCGUCUCCCUGCCGCGAGUGGGUCGGUGGGGGCAAUAGAGCAAGUCCCGACCCCCCCCUCCCAGAUUCCUUUCAGUGAACUGGUGCUCGAGGAGAUCAUAGGCGUGGGCGGAUUUGGCAAAGUUUAUCGGGGCACAUGGAAAGAUCAAGAGGUGGCCGUGAAAGCGGCUCGGCAAGACCCGGACGAGGACAUCACAGCCACCGCCGGGGGGGUCAAACAGGAGGCGAAGCUCUUCUCCAUGCUGCAGCACCCCAACAUCAUCAAGCUGGAGGGGGUGUGUCUGGAGGAGCCCAACCUGUGCCUGGUCAUGGAGUACGCCCGAGGCGGGACCCUCAACCGGGCGUUGACCGGAAGGCGCAUCCCUCCGCACAUCCUGGUCAAUUGGGCCGUGCAGAUCGCACGCGGGAUGCUGUACCUCCACGAGGAGGCCGUGGUACCCAUCAUCCACCGGGACCUGAAGUCUAGCAACAUUUUAUUACUUGAAACGAUCGAGAACGACGACAUCGGAAGGAAGACCCUGAAGAUCACAGAUUUCGGCCUGGCGAGGGAGUGGCACAAAACCACCAAAAUGUCGGCGGCGGGCACCUACUCGUGGAUGGCCCCCGAGGUGAUCAAGUCCUCUCUUUUCUCCAAAGGCAGCGACGUCUGGAGCUACGGCGUGUUGCUGUGGGAGCUGCUGACGGGGGAGGUCCCGUACCGCGGGAUAGACGGCCUGGCCGUGGCCUACGGGGUGGCUGUCAAUAAGUUAACGCUGCCGAUCCCCUCCACCUGCCCCGAACCCUUCGCCAAGCUCAUGGAAGAGUGCUGGGACCAGGACCCCCACGUGCGCCCCUCCUUCUCCUGCAUCCUGGAGCAGCUGUCGGCCAUCGAGGAGGCGGUGAUGGCCACCAUGCCGCAGGACUCGUUCCACAGCAUGCAGGACGACUGGCGUGUGGAGAUCCAGGAGAUGUUUGACGAGCUCAGGACCAAAGAGAAGGAGCUGCGCUCCAGAGAGGAGGAGCUGACGCGGGCCACGCUCCAGCAGAAGUCUCAGGAGGAGCUCCUGAAGCGCCGCGAGCAGCAGCUGGCCGAGCGGGAGAUCAACGUGCUGGAGAGGGAGCUCAACAUCCUCAUCUUCCAGCUCAACAAAGACAAGCCCAACGUGAAGAAGAGGAAAGGCAAAUUCAAGCGCUCCCGCCUUAAACUGAAGGACGGGAACCGCAUCAGCCUGCCCUCAGACUUUCAGCAUAAGAUCACCGUGCAGGCCUCACCUUCCAUGGACAAGAGGCGGAGCCUUCACAGCACCAGCUCCUCUCCUCCCAGCAGCCCCACGCUCAUCCCCCGGCUCAGAGCCAUUCAGCCCAUGUCCCGCGUGCGGAGGGACAGUUUGUAUGUUUACCAACAGGACGUCGAUCUGAGCAGCGAGCUCGCGGCCUCGCGGGGCCUCGGGAACAAAGUAACCCAAGACGAGAGCAACCGCACGUGGGGCCGCAGCGCCCUCUUCAGGCCAGAAGAGUUCGAUGAUGUGAAAAAGGGAAUCAAGAAGAAAGGCAGAACCUGGGGUCCCAGUUCGGUGCAGAACAAAGAAAGACCUGCUGCUGCAGAGAGAGUGCGUCCCCUGUCGGACGGCAGUAACCCCUGGUCCACCAGCCUGGUCAAAUCCCAGAAGUCUGUCCCCCUCUCGGCCCUGUUUGCCGAACAAACGGCGCCUAAAGACGAGGCCUCCUCCCCGGAAUGUCCCGACAGCAGCUCCAAGCCAAAACCGCUCAAGUUCCCCAACCAGGUGUACAUCGACCUACCUCUGUGGAGGGACGAGCAGCAGCCCCAGAGCCCGGGGGGGGCGGGGGACUCUGGGGUCGGGGGGGUGGCGGUGGCGGCGGGUCGGGGCGGCACCCCUGAGACCCCGGAAGACCCUUACACCACGACGUCCACCUCCUCCACUUCCACCACCCCGCAGGUCACCCCCACCAACAGCCUGAAGAGGGCGUCGGCCCGCCGCAAGACCGACUCGGCGCUGUACGGCUGCGGCUCGCUGCUGGCGUCGGUCGUGCUGGGCUACGACAUCAGGGAGGCGCUCAGGAACUCCGGCCCCGGGGAGGAGUGCGAGCCGCAGCGCGAGGAGAAGGAGAAGAAGAAGAAGGAGGGCCUGUUUCAGCGGGCGACCCGCUUCCGCCGCAGCACCUCGCCGCCGGGCGGUCGCCCGCGGAAGGAGGAGGGCGCCGCCGCCGGCCAGCCGGUCAAUCUCAUCUCCAUGUCGGCCAUCGCGGAAGGCCACUCCAACAGGUGCCCCCCGCAGUCCGCGGAGGCGGCGUCGCCCCCCCCCAGGUCCGGGAAGGACGAGCUCGCCGACGCCAAUCACCACGCGGAGUCGCCCGGACCCGCCAACGGGCGUGUCGACGGGGCCGCGGCGGACGCACGGACGCCGCUGCAGAGCGACCACAACACGGGAACCCGCCUCCGCAGGAAGAAAUACGCCAACCACACGACGAACGGCGCCCCCGCUCUGCCCCCUCCGGCCUCGCAGAGGAAGCACGAGAGGGAGCAGGGCGGCCCCCGGGGGGGCGGGGGGGAGGCCUGCCCCCGGCCGCGGCCCGCCUCCUUCCGGGCCAAGCCGCACACCUGGGCCCUGCUGCGAGGGCGCAACAAGAGCUACUCGCUGGGCCACUACUCCGGGGGGAAGGCGGCCCAGAACCUGAGCGUGGUGCUGACGGCCGACGGGACGGGCUGCUCGCUGCUGGACGUGGACACCGAGGGGCAGAAGAGGGACUGCACCGUGCCGCUGUGCCGCAUCCAGAGCUCCCCGGGGAGGACCUCCGUCUUCGAGCUGGAGAAGGAGUUCCUCUCGUAGGAAAGCCAGAACCAACCAGUUUUCUUUUUUAAGAAAACACUCGCCCCCUCGUCCCGAUUUCGAGAAACGCUUGCGAGCGCGGUUCACAGACCAAAGACCGGCGGCAUGAAGACGGAUUCGCUAAACUCCUUGAAGUGCGACCCCCCCCCCCCCCGCCCCGGUGGAUUAUUUUUAGCGUUACAGUGUUACAGGUGUCAUAAGGUUUCCGGCCGCCGUGGUCUCUUUGGUCUGGACUGCCAUGUCCGCACGGAACCAACGGCGCCCCCUCUGGUCACUCGACGCUCGCCCCCCCCACCCCUCAUGUCUUUUUUUUGUUUUGUUACCUUCCUCCUCUGUCGGUGCAGCUAAACGUUGAACGCCGCUGCAGCUUUCGCAACACAAUACCCUCACCUUUUUAUUUAUAUAUAUAUUUUUAUAGGUAAUUUAAUAUGAAGAGACUUAGCGACCAGCGGGACGACGGACGUUCUAUGUCCGUUUUUGAAGUUUUAGAUUUGUUUUUGGACCCGAGAAUCAUGCAUGCGUGUACCCUUAAAAUGUUGAACAAAAAAAAAAAAACCCAACCCGUGUUCUAUUUGUAAAUAUUUCUUUUUAUCCCGGUAUCGGCCUAAUGCUGAUGGCAUUUUUUUUUUUUUUUCCAUUUGUGCUAUUUUGUGUUUUAAAAGUCAGCGAUGCUGCAGUACCGUUUGUGUUCCGGGGACAGGCUACGUACUGGAGCGUACGUUUGAUCCCACCGAGUCCUCAAGCUGUUUAGAGAAGCAGGUAGAAAAAGAGCGACGAAGCCGACGUUGAUCCGUUUUGGACAGUUGACCUUCGUAUUCAUGUGUUGAGUGUAUUUAUAGAACAUCGUUUUUUUGGGGGGGGGGGGGUUGAUGUUUGCUGUAUUGCAGCAGAAUGGCCACGAAUAUGUCAGAAAAACCUGCUCCAAAUGAAUGAAUUUCUAAUCCAAUCCACAAGGACGCCGCACAAUCCCAGAUUAAUAUUGUGAAAGAUCAAUACGGAGCCUUUCGAACUCAGUGCAUGAAAUAGCAAUACUUGUACCCUGAAACAGACCGAAUGUGUCUUCAAUGCUUCCUUUCUCACAUUCUUUAUCUCUCCAGUUUGUACAAUUUGAGGUUCCUUUCUUUCUCAAAGCUGAAUAUUGACACGAGGGCUCUUCAUCUCAGUGUAAUUCAUUUAAUUGACCUAACUGGUUUUGGUUUGUUUUAUGAAGCAUUAAACAAACCCGUAGCCAAUAGCCUUUUCAUGAAGGUCAGGAAGGAGAACCGUUGUCAUGUAAACCAGGUGAAGGACUUCCUUUGCUCCUCAGUACGCUGACUGCACAAAACCUUCCUCAGCCGAAAGGUCACGCUCUUAAAGUCCAACAAAUGAACUUAACCGUGUAACUUUUGACGGAUUCUAUCCCUCGACUUUUUACUGCUGUCUCAGUUCAACUUGUUGAACUUUCCCACUAUUUGAAGGACAAAACCAAGGUCGUUUACAGUGAGUUGUGAAUAUAAUUGUAAUGCUGACGUAUCACUGGCAUCUUGUGGUCCUUUAGGAUGGGAAGUAUCCCAUGUUCUGUAUUUUCAACACUGUAAAAGCCUUACUAAUAAUCAAGCUGUUAAAAGGGCAGUUUACAAGCCAAGAUAUCACUGGAUUUACCUUUUUUUUUAAUGAAUUACGGUUAUUUGUAAAUACCAUAAUGCACUGGUGCUGUACCCCCCCCCCCCCCCCCUCUCAAAAUGUUGUAUUUCUGUUUGAAGCCGAGUUCUGCCGCUUGUCGUCAGGCGGCUUCGUCCGUCGAGGCCAACGACGCCUCGACGGAACAUUCCAGUGCGGCGCGGCGCCUUCGGGCCUCGGACCAAAUCUGUCUCCCCCAGCACUGCGGCCUCCGUGUCCUCGGGACCAAAACCACUAAAAAAAAAAGAACCAACAC